AUGGACGUUGGUAAUAACGGAGGAGGACUUAUUGUGAAUAAUAAACAGAGGGCUAUGUUACCUAACAAAGGUAGAGGUGAAUUUGUCCGUAACCAAAGGAAAGACUCAGAGGGGUUCUCUGAAUCUCCAGAUCUUGAAUUUGAAUAUGCAGACACAGAUAAGUGGGCCGCUGAACUUUCAGAGCUGUACAGCUACACUGAGGGCCCAGAGUUUCUACUAAAUAGAAAAUGCUUUGAGGAAGAUUUCCGUACUCAUGUGUCUGAUAAGAAGUGGACAGAGUUGGAUGCCACACAGCACCGGGCGCAUGCCAUGCGUCUGUUGGAUGGUCUGGAGGUGACCGCCAGAGAGAGGAGGUUAAAAGUGGCCAGGGCCAUUCUUUACAUGGCUCAAGGUACAUUUGCAGAGUGCAGCUCAGAGGCAGAGGUGCAGCACUGGAUGAGGUACAAUGUGUUUCUGCUGCUGGAGGUUGGCACCUUCUCUGCCCUGGUGGAGCUCCUCAACAUGGAGAUUGAUAACAGUGCUGCCUGCAGUAGUGCGGUAAGGAAGCCUGCUAUCUCUCUGGCUGACAGCACAGACCUCAGGGUGCUGCUUAACAUCAUGUACCUAAUGGUAGAGACCAUUCACCAGGAAGAUCCAGCAGACACUCCAGAGUGGAGGGCCACUAGAGAGACCUUUAAAGCCGAGCUGGGCUCUCCCCUCUUCAACAAUGAGCCCAUCUCUGUCAUGCUCUUCGGCAUGGUGACCAAGUUCUGCAGUGGCCAUGCUCCACACUUCCCCAUGAAGAAGGUGCUGCUCCUCCUCUGGAAGAGUAUAUUGUUUACCCUUGGAGGGUUUGAACAACUCCAGAACAUUAAGGUACGGAAGAGGGAGGAACUUGGCCUGCCCCCGUUGCCGGAGGACAGCAUCCGUGUCAUCAGGAGCAUGAGGGCGGCCUCACCCCCUGCCUCUGCCUCUGACCUCAUCGAGCAACAGCAGAAAAGGGCACGCAGGGAGCACAAGGCUUUAAUAAAACAGGACAACUUGGAUGCCUUCAAUGAGAAAGACCCUUACAAGACGGAUGAUCCUCGUGAGGAUGAGGAAGACAACGAUGACAACGAUAAUUCUCUGGAGACCGAAACUUUCCCUUUGGAACGGGAUGAAGUCAUGCCACCACCCAUUCCUCACCCUCCUUCAGAAAGGGUGUCCUUCCCCAAAGGCUUACCCUGGGCCCCUAAAGUCAGAGAAAAAGACAUAGAAAAUUUCCUGGAGUCCAGCAGGAGUAAAUUUAUUGGGUACACUCUAGGGAAUGAUACAGAUACUGUCGUUGGUUUGCCUAGACCCAUCCAUGAAAGUAUUAAAACUUUGAAGCAGCACAAGUAUGUUUCCAUUGCUGAAAUUCAGAUUGCUAAAGAGGAGGAAUAUCAGAAGACUCCUUUGUCAGGGGGUGAAGAAGAGGUUGAGAUGUGUGCCACUGAGAUCCUAUACCAGGGCAUCCUACCUAGUCUGCCUCAGUAUAUGAUUGCCUUGUUGAAAAUCCUGCUGGCUGCUGCUCCCACCUCCAAGGCCAAGACCGACUCAAUCAACAUCCUGGCUGAUGUGCUGCCUGAGGAGAUGCCAACAACCGUACUGCAGAGUAUGAAGCUGGGUGUGGAUGUGAACCGUCACAAAGAGAUCAUUGUAAAAGCCAUCUCCGCCAUUCUGCUACUGCUUCUCAAACACUUCAAACUCAACCACAUCUACCAGUUUGAAUACAUGGCCCAGCAUCUGGUCUUUGCCAACUGCAUACCGCUGAUCCUCAAAUUCUUCAACCAAAACAUUAUGGCAUACAUCACAGCCAAGAACAGUAUCUCUGUGCUCGACUUCCCUUACUGUGUGGUCCACGAACUCCCAGAGCUGACAGCUGAGAGCCUGGAAGCGGGAGAUAAUAACCAGUUCUGUUGGAGAAACUUGUUCUCUUGCAUCAAUCUAUUGAGGAUCCUCAACAAGCUUACCAAAUGGAAACACUCCAGGACAAUGAUGUUGGUGGUGUUUAAGUCAGCACCCAUCCUGAAGAGAGCGUUGAAAGUCAAGCAGGCCAUGAUGCAACUGUACGUUCUGAAGCUCCUCAAAGUACAAACGAAGUACCUUGGUCGUCAGUGGAGGAAGAGUAACAUGAAGACUAUGUCAGCCAUCUACCAGAAGGUGCGACAUCGCCUGAACGAUGACUGGGCCUAUGGAAACGCAGACCUGGACGCGCGACCAUGGGACUUUCAGGCCGAGGAAUGCGCCCUGCGCGCCAACAUCGAACGCUUCAACAGCCGGCGCUACGACAAGAACCAGAGCAACCCUGACUUCCUGCCUGUGGACAACUGUCUCCAGAGCGUUUUGGGCCAGCGAGUAGAUCUUCCCGAGGAUUUCCAGAUGAACUAUGACCUCUGGCUAGAGCGUGAGGUCUUCUCUAAGCCUAUCUCAUGGGAAGAGUUGCUUCAGUAAUGUGUAUGUUUGCAGAUACGCUUUAUGUCAGGGCAGAAGUAUCAAGGGAGGUGCCUAAAUUCUCAUUAUCCUUUUUUUUAAUAUGUUACCAAGCAGUUGUGGACCAACAUGCACAGGAUGGCAUGAUAAAUCAUGAUUCAUGAUUUCACCAUCAAAGGUGUGUGAGCUAGAAUCCAUGUCUCCAAAACGUAUGCCAGAUCUGUUUGAUUCUGUUCAUCGAGAGCCCUGUUUUAGCUAUUGGCCUUAAAAUGCUGUCCUUCCAAAGUUCCUCACCAGAGCACAAAUCUUGUAAAGCCUCCCCUGUGGACUGUGGAGUGUGACUAAAUUCCUCCCCAAAAAUCUGUGUGAUCCAGCUUCUGUGGACCAGUGCUUUUCCCCAGGUGCUACGGUGCUAUAGUGUGGACCAUUUGUUA